AUGAAAUCGUCAAAAUUUGGAAAAGCACGCAACAUUCACAUUUUCCAGAAUUCCUUUCUUCUUUUGAAGUCUCGACUUUUGGAGAUUAAAAAUGUUCCGCAAAGUCAUCAUGAAGCUCAUGCCAUCGCCCGAUUCAAUGCGAAAUAUUGCGUUUCAAUGUCGUUUAUUUUUGAUAACAAGGGGAGGGAGGGGGGCUGUUUGUGGGCUUGCAAACAACACGGAUUGCGUUUGAAGAAAACACAUGCUAAACGAUAA